AUGAAGUUGUUGAGGUUCCAUUUGAGGUACCACCCUCCAGGGAUCACCUUGGAAUAUCAGCAGAAGGGCAUCGUGAAAAAUAAGGAAAUUGAUUUAUUGGAAUUAAACUCCAACACAAACAUCAAAGAGUUGGCGUUCCGGCUGUACCAGAAAGAGCCACUGAUCACUGAGGAGGUACGUGAGCAGCUGGAACAAUGUCUGGAGGUGUUGAAGAAGAGGACAGAGCACGAAGGUCCGACUGGAAAGAGGUUCUACAUCUACAAGACGCUGAUGACCCAUGUGCUGCCGCUUACGAAUGUUGCGUUUGAUAAAACUGGGAACCGAUGUCUAUCUGGAAGUUAUGACCGCACUUGCAAGGUGUGGGACGUGGAGAGUGGUACCGACCUGCAGACCCUGACAGGACACCAGAACGUCGUCUACACCGUCAGCUUCAACUUCCCCGCAUGCAACCGCGUACUCACUGGAUCAUUCGACAAAUCAGCUCGUAUCUGGGACCCGGAGACUGCCGAGUGCCUGGCAGUACUAUGGGGGCACCGCGGCGAGGUGGUGGCCUGUCAGUUCAAUGCCAAGGGGGACCUCGCCGCCACCGGCUCCAUGGACCACACUGCCAAGCUGUUUGAUGUCCACACAGGAGCUGAGAUUCACACAUACAACGGUCACACUGCGGAGGUGAUCGCUCUGCAAUUUGACCCCAACGAAGGUCAGCGGCUGAUCACAGGCUCCUUCGACGGCACCAUAUCCAUAUGGGACACCAGAGUCGAUGAACGAGUAUCAGUGCUCCGCGGCCAUGAUGGUGAGAUAUCGAACGUGCAGUUCAACUGGGACAGUUCCCUGGUGGGCUCGUCCUCCCUCGAUGGUAGCGCCAAGCUAUGGGACGCGCGACAGAGUUCUUGUUUGGCCACCGUAUCUGGGCAUACUGAUGAAGUGCUGGAUAUAUGCUUCGACUGGGCAGGCCAGCGCAUGGCGACAGCCUCCAGCGACUGCUCCGCCAGGGUCUACGACGUCAAGUCCGACUUUAAGGAGCUCGCCGUCAUGAAAGGACAUCGCGGUGAAGUCUCCAAGGUUUGCUUCAGUCCAGCGGGUGGUUGUCUCCUGACAGCUUCAGCAGACAGAAGCUCUCGGAUAUGGAACACUGCAACUGGUAACUGCAUUCAGGUCCUGUCAGGUCACCAGGGUGAGAUCUUCUCGUGUGCAUUCUCUUACGCGGGUGAUGCCAUCAUCACAGCCUCCAAGGAUAACACCUGCAGGAUCUGGAGAUGA